UGACCCCUGAGUGCCUUGUGGCCACAGGCUCUGUGUGCUGCCCACUCCCAGAGGGAAGUGAUUAAUCCACUUUCUCCUUGGUGCUGGAGCACCUGGAUGCUUCCUGCAGAGAGAUGGGGACAUUGCCACCGAGUCACACAGGGAUUUAAGCCCAGGCCAGGCUCAGUUCUGUCUAGCAAGACUUACAACAAGAUUUUUGAAAGCCUCCACUGCAUGGAACCAAAAAGCAGCUCCCACUGGAGUAUCUGUAAACUGGAGCCUCCAGAAAUACCACAGAACACUUCCCCCAGCCUAGGAAGGGCUCAGACAAGAGCCAUGGAUGUGAUCUUUGCUCUGUGUUGUGCAAGAGCUUGGCACAGCAGCCGAGUUCCUGGGGCAUCACCUGUCUCACCUAGCAGAUAUCUCUCUGGGACAGUGUCUUCCUCCUGCCCAUUGCCCGAGUUAAUGGGGUCAUUCUGUCCUCUCUGGGCCACCAGGCCACCAGCCUUUCUUCCCACCCCUUAUCUGGGAGUUCUGGGGCCAGGCAGAGUGCACUGGAUGAGCCAGCAAGUGCUUCCCGAAUCCAAAACGCACUUGCCAGGAGGCAGAAAUUCCUGCAGCUCUCUUUCAAACCGUACUGGGCACUUGGGAGCACAUUGCCAAACCCUCCUGGUCUGCGGGACCUGGGUGUGGAUCCUCGUGGCUGCUACCUCGGUGUCCUUGCCGCUGCUGCAGGGAUGGGUGAUGUACGUGUCCCUCACCUCCUGCCUCAUCUCCCUGCUGCUCCUCCUCAGCUACCUCCUCGGCUUCCACAAGAACAGCGAGAACUGGAAAGUGCUGGACAGUUUGUACCACGGUGCCACGGCCAUUCUGUACAUGAGCGCCGCUGUCCUGCAGGCCAACGCCACCAUCAACUCUGAGUUCGGCGCCAACGCGCCGCUCAACUACCAGCUCAACUGCGCUGCCUCGUUCUUCGCCUUCCUCACGACCUUCCUGUACAUCCUCCACGCCUUCAGCAUCUACUACCAGUGAUCGUGGCAGCGCCACAUUCACCUUCACAGGACGAGGGCUUUCCCAGUGUGGGAGACCCUGCUGUCUCCCCAAGGUGUUCCUGCCCCAGCCCUGUCACCAGGCCGCAGGAACAGCAGGUCCUUUUGCACUUCAUCACAGGAGGGAUUUUGCUGGGACAUUUCCUGCCUUGCCCGGGGGCUAUGCAAGGGGAGGGGCUGGGCACAGGCCCCGAGCCUCCAACUCUGAUAUUCUGCCAAAUAUUGACACCAAGGGAAGGAGAAAAAAAAAAAUCACUGUUCCUUCACCAAACAAUCUCCUUUCUUAUGUAAUUUGCCUUUCUCUGUUUCAGCUCCAUCCCUCCCCAACACAAAUUCAUAACAAUGAUACAAGAUUGUGUUCCUUGACUUUCAGAUGGUUUCAUUUCGUAAACGCUGUAUUUGGAAUAAAGUGUCAACUGACAGAUUGUGACUACUCUGUAAGCUGUGUUCACUGAACAGGCUCAUUUUACUCCCCAAGAGUUAGAAGAGAAACAGAAAAUAUUCACUUGGAAAGCUUACAACAGAUUUUAAACAAGUAAAACACAGAACUCAUAGGAAAUUUCUAGAUGUAGUAUAAAACUACAGCGUGAAAAGAAUGAUUACAACAGACAUUUACAACUCUCCUCCCGCGUCUCCUGAUUCCCAUUACAAAACCUGCGGUGCGGAGUCCG